AUGGCAAAUGGGAUCAAAGAUUUAGGGGUACCAGCUAUUGACCCUUACCAUCAAAAAGUGCUGAAAAUCGAUUACAAUAAUAACCAAAUAUCAACAAAAAUGUCUAUUAGUGAUUUCUCCGUAUCAGGCAUCUCAGGAUCUACGGUAAAAGAUGUCAGAUUACGUGCCGAGGAUGACAGUUUUCACAUGGAGAUAGAUAUGUUUUCACCACAAAUGUUAUACAAAGGCCAUUAUAGGGGCGGGGGAAGCUACAACGCGUUACGCCUCAAUGCUACUGGCGACUUCAACACCACUAUGAGUGACUUGACAUAUACCUGGAAAUUAGAUGGAACUCCUGAAAAAAUCGAUGGCGAAACGUACGUAAGAAUAAAUUCUUUUUACAUGCGACCUGAUGUCGAAAAUAUGGUGACACAUUUGACCAACGAGCAUCCUGAUAGCAAGGAAUUGACUGAUCUGGCGAUACGAUUUGCAAAUCAAAAUUGGAGGUUAAUAUAUCGAGAAUUUUUACCAUUUGCACAAGGCUACUGGAAUAAGACCGGUGUUCGUAUCGCUAACAAAAUUUUCCUUAAAGUACCCUAUGAACAGUUGUUCCCUGUAAAAUCAUAA